GUUGCACUCGACAAGUUUGACCCAGCCAGCAUCGCCAGCCGGACCUUGACACUCGAGCUUGGUGGAGGAGGUCCACUGCAACCUCGUCCAUCACAUUGACUGUGUGUGACGCUGCUGCCAGCGGCUCCUCGUUCCCGGCGUACUUAUAGAUGCCUGCCAUCCGACAGAAUGGCGGUCCACGCCCCCAUCUCAACAACACUCUGUACAGCUACGCCGCGUCCACCUCCUCCUCAAUGACCAUUGCCCCUUCCACUCCCCUCCGGAUUGGUGUCGACGUCGGAGGCACCAACACCGAUGCCGUCGUCCUCGAUCUCACGCCCGGGGUCGAGAAGCCAGUGAUCGCAACCCACAAGGCUCCGACCACAGCAGACAUCACCACAGGUAUCCAGCGGGCCAUUGGUGCCUGUCUCGAGCGCUCGUCGGUCGACCGGUCCCAGAUCCAGGCCGUCGCCAUCGGCACAACGUCGUUCGUCAACUCGCUCAUCGAGCGCGACGCUACCAAGCUCCAGCGCGUCGCCGUCCUCCGCCUCUGCGGCCCCUUCUCCCGCCUCUGCCCUCCCUUCGCCAGCUUCCCAUACGAGCUCCGAAAUGUCCUCGAGGGACCCUGCUUCUUCGCCAAGGGUGGUCUCCAAGUCGACGGGUCGGAGAUCGAGAAGGUCGACCCCCUCGAGAUCCGCGGCAUUGCAGCCGAAAUGAGACGCCUCGACGUGCAGACCAUCGCCGUCUCGUCAUGCUACGCUCCCAUCGACCUCGAGAUCAAGCAGGAAGAACUCGUGCGCGACAUCCUCCAGGCAGAGCUGCCCGGCGUGCGGGUCACCAUCAGCAAGGACGUUGCCAACAUUGGCCUCCUUGAACGCGAGAACGCGGCCAUUCUCAAUGCUGCACUGCUCGCCUUCGCCGAGAAGACUGUCGCUGCCUUCCUCGUCUCCAUUGCAGCCCUGGGCUUGACGUCACCAGUCUUCCUCACGUCAAACGACGGCACCCUCAUGACCUGUCAGCAGGCGGCCCGGCUCCCCAUUCGUACCUUCUCAUCCGGCCCAACCAACUCGAUGCGCGGUGCCAACUUCCUUGCCGGUCUCGUCGCUGGCAAAAAGCAGCGCGAAACGGCGCUGGUGAUCGACGUUGGCGGAACAACCACUGAGAUCGGCGUGUUGUUGCCUACCGGAUUUCCUCGCCAGGCAGGCGCUUUCCACAGUCUCUGUGGUGUUCCCCUCAACUUCUCCAUGCCCCACGUCUACUCCAUCGGCCUGGGCGGUGGAUCUCGCGUCCGCACGGAUGCCCGUGGCAGGGUGACGGUGGGGCCCGACUCGGUGGGCUACCGCAUCACGGACGAGGCGCUCUGCUUUGGCGGAUCGACAGGCACAGCCACCGACAUUGCUGUUGCCACAGGCCGUGCCGAAGGCGUGGGCAACACGUCACUCGUCACGCUCCUCAACCCCACAGCCGUCAUUGCAGCAGAGCAGCGGAUUAGGCACAUGAUCGAACUUGCCAUCGACUCGAUGAAGACGUCGAGCUCGGACAUCCCAGUGUACCUUGUCGGCGGUGGUGCGAUUCUUGUCCCCGAUGAGCUCAAGGGCGUGAGCGAGGUCGUCAGGUUCCCGCACUAUGACGCUGCCAACGCUGUCGGUGCAGCCUGUGCCCAGAUCUCUGGCGUGGUCGACACUGUCGAGGACACGACGACCAUUUCAGUCGCCGAGGCGCAGAAGGCUGUCGAGAAGCGUGCCAUCGAGCGUGCUAUUGCCCAGGGGGCCGACCCGAACCAUACUGUCGUGGUCGAGAGCGAGGUGAUCCCCAUUGCUUACGCCACCGACAAAUGCCGUUUCUACGUCAAGGCUGCAGGCGAAUGGAGGGGCCGUGCGCGCGACGUGCCAGAUGAACCCAAGGCGAAUGGCCGCGUCACGCCCACCUGGGACAGCACGACCGAGGUUGUGCCGAUCCCCGCAGCCAACGGCAAGCGUCAGCUCCCUACCGAGGACCCAGAGAUCACGGCCUAUGACAUCCGCUCGUACCGCCCCACCAUUGUCAACAAGGAGUGGUUCCUCUCCGAGGUUGACCUCGAGUGGAUUGCGGCCGGGUGCUACAUCCUCGGCACCGGCGGUGGCGGUAACCCGCAGACGACAUACCUCGAGAUCCGCGAGCUCGUCCGUGCCGGCGCCAAUGUCCGUGUCAUUGACAUUGACUCCGUGGCAAACGAAGACCAUAUCGUUCCUGGAGCGAACAUUGGUGCCCCGGAAGUGGGCCUCGAGCGCCUCGGUGGACCCGACCCAUCCGAGGGCGUGUACGACGUUUUGAAGCUCACGGGCCACACAUCUGCGGCUGCUCUGACCGCCAUUGAGAUCGGCGGAGGAAACGGCAUGGUCCAGAUGAUCACUGGUGCGAGCAACCACAUGAACCUCCCUGUUCUGGACGGUGACUUCAUGGGUCGUGCAUACCCCACUGGAUGGCAGUCGACUCUUCAUGUGUUUGAUGAGAGCGAGAAGGGUGAGCUGGUCCUCCCAGUGGUCCUUACCAGCGGCGACGGCACCACAAUGCACGUCACAAAGGUCAAGGAUGAGAAGGACAUUGACAGGUUCCUGCGUGCCGGCUGCAUUGAGAUGGGCACGGCUGGCAACAUCCAGUGCCGCCCCCUCUCCAAGGGCAACACGCGCCGGAUGCUCAUUCGCAACACCGUCUCACAGGCGUGGCGUUUGGGCCGUGCUGUUGCCCUUGCCAAGAAGCAGUCAAACAUUGGCAGGAUCGGGCAGAUCCUCGUCGACGCAGUGGGCGGGUCCAAGGCCGGACGCGUGCUCUUCGUGGGCAAGAUUGUCGAGGUCGGACGCAAGCUUCACAAGGGCCACUCUUACGGCGAGGUCGUGAUCCAGGCGCUUAGUGCUGAGGACGAGGAGGAUGACGACGAGGACGUCCCCAGGGAGAAGUUUGAGGGUGUGCUGAAGAUUCCAUUCAAGAACGAGAACCUCCUGGCUGAGCACACAGUCAACGGAAACUCACGGAUCGUCGCCGGCGUCCCCGACCUCAUCUCCAUCAUCGACGCCCAGAAUGGUGUGGCACUCGGCACACCCGAGUACAAGUACGGCCUGCGUGUGUUGGUGCUAGGCAUUACCGCCGCUCCGCAGUGGACGAGCACGCAGCGCGGCCUCGACCUCGGCUCGCUCACGGCCUUUGGGUACGACGAGCCGUAUGUCCCGCUCGGCGAGUAUGUGCAGCCGCGCAGUGUGAUUGAGGAGUUUGCGUAGACGCGUUCGUUGGUUGUAGCAUGUUUUGGGCCGGAUUGAAUGAAUCAAUGCACGUUUCCCAAC